AUGGAGCGUCCUGGCUUCAUUGAAACCCCCGGCCGUCGGGUCACCCGCAACAGCGCAUUGGCAUCUGACACCAACACUGAUGAUGCUUCCGACUCUGCUAUCGAUAUUCGAGAAAACUCCAAGUCCGCGACUCGCAGGCGCACUUCCACAAAGCCGAAACCCGAGGAUACCUCUGAGGACGCCUCAGAGGAAGAACCCAAGGGAAAUGCGACGACCGAAAAGAAGCCUCGGGUGGUCGACGGUUGGGAGGAGGGCAAGGACCCCAAAAUCGACUACAGCGGCCACUUUGAGUUUGGUGGCUCCUACGGCGUGCUGUCGAUGAUGAUCGGGUUCCCGUUGUUGAUGUACUACAUGUGGAUUGGCGCCACCUACUACGAUGGCAAAUUCCCCCGUCCGUCGGACGGCCAGAGUACCGCGGGCUUCGUCGCGCAUCUGGUUCAUUUGGUGUACGAGGGCGCGUUCCCCUCUUUGAAGGCGUGGACUAUCUAUUGGGUGUUCUUCGUCUUUGAAGGCGCCUGCUACUUGCUCCUCCCCGGCAUCACCGUCAUGGGUCGUCCGCUUCCGCAGCUCGGAGGCAAGCAGCUGCCCUACUACUGCUCGGCCGUCUGGUCCUUCUACACGAGCAUUGUGCUGGCCUUGUUGCUGCAUGUCACCGGGGUCUUCAAGCUCUACACCAUCAUCGACGAGUUCGGCCCUCUCCUGAGUGUCGCCAUUCUGUCCGGCUUUCUGGUUUCUUUCAUAGCCUAUUUUUCGACACUGUACCGUGGCGCCGAGCACCGCAUGACCGGCCAUCACAUCUAUGACUUUUUCAUGGGCGCCGAACUCAACCCUCGCAUGUUCGGCAUCCUGGAUUUCAAGAUGUUUUUCGAGGUCCGCCUCCCCUGGUACAUUCUUCUUUUCGUCACCAUGGGUGCGGCGGCCAGGCAGUACGAGGUCUACGGAUACGUGUCUGGAGAAGUCGGGUUCCUGUUGAUGGCGCAUUUCCUCUACGCGAACGCCUGCUCCAAGGGCGAGGAGUGCAUCGUGUCGACUUGGGACAUGUACUAUGAAAAAUGGGGCUUCAUGCUGAUCUUCUGGAACCUGGCCGGUGUCCCGCUCAGUUACUGCCACUGCACGAUCUAUCUGGCCAACCACGACCCGGCCACCUACCACUGGAACCGCUACUUCCUGGUGGUUCUCUACGCCGCGUAUCUCUUCGUUUACUGGAUCUGGGACACGACUAACAGCCAGAAGAACCGCUUCCGCCAGCAGGAACGGGGUACCCUGGUCUUCCGGAAAACCUUCCCUCAGUUGCCGUGGCAGACCGUGGAGAACCCCAAGACGAUCACUUCUGCGGACGGCUCGAAGAUCUUGGUCGACGGCUGGUAUGGCAAGGCUCGCAAGAUCCAUUACACCUGCGAUCUCUUCUUCGCCUUGAACUGGGGCCUCAUUACCGGCUUCAACAGCCCCUUCCCCUGGUUCUACCCUCUGUUCUUUGCGUGCAUGAUUAGCCACCGAGCCAUGCGCGAUAUCCAGCGGUGCCGGAACAAGUACGGCGAAGCCUGGAGGGAGUACGAGAGACAAGUGCCCUACUUGUUUAUUCCCUAUGUGAUCUAA